AUGGAGCAGGGAGCAGCAGAAGGGAAGGAGGAAGGUCUGAUCGAGUUCUACGACUCCUUCAAGGACAUGUUCGAGUUCUUCUGCAAGAACACGACCAUCCACGGCACCAUCCGCCUCGUGUGCUCCGGCAGCAACAGGAUGAAGACGGCCUUCUGGACCCUGCUGCUCCUGGCCAGCUUUGGGAUGCUCUACUGGCAGUUUGCUCUCAUGUUCAGCCAGUACUGGGCCUACCCCGUGGUCCUGACCAUGUCCAUGCACUCCGAGCCCAAGAUGUUCCCAGCCAUCACCAUCUGCAACCUGGAUCCCUACAGAUUUGAGCUGGUCAGUGAGCACUUGGUGCAGCUGGACCGCAUGGCAGAGGAAUCCAUCACCUUCCUGUACGGCAUCAACACCUCAGCCAGGCUGUUCCACAUGAAUGAUGGCAACAUCCACGUCAAGGACUUGCCCAGCAUGGGCAACCUCAGCAGGUCGAGCUUCAAGCUGAGCCAAAACUUCUCCCUCCUGAGGACGACCGACCUGAGGUCGGGGAAGAAACAUUCCAGCGUGGGCUUCAGGCUGUGCAAUGCCACGGGUGGGAAUUGCUUCUACAAGACCUAUUCCUCGGGGAUGGACGCGAUCCUGGAGUGGUACAGGUUUCACUACAUGAACAUCAUGUCCCAGCUGCCGGUGAUAAUCAACAUUUCCGACCACGAGGAGCAAAUAGAAGACAUGGUCUACUCCUGCCAGUACGAUGGGGAGCCCUGCAGGCCCAGUGACUACGUCCACUUUCACCACCCCGUCUUUGGGAGCUGCUACACUUUUAACAGCAAGGGAACAGACCCUUUUUGGACAGCUACAAAACCAGGAAUUCCUUAUGGCCUUUCCCUGAUCCUGAGGGCGGAGCAGAAGGAUCACAUCCCGCUCCUGUCCACGGUGGCGGGCGUGAAGGUGAUGAUCCACAACCACAACCAGACCCCCUUCCUGGAGCACGAGGGCUUUGACAUCAGGCCAGGCAUUGCCACCACCAUUGGCAUCCAGCAGGAUGAGGUGAAUCGCCUGGGUGGCAAUUAUGGGAAAUGCACAACUAAUGGGGAUGAUGUGGAUGUGAAGCUGCUGUACAACAACUCCUACACCCUGCAGGCUUGUUUGCAUUCCUGCUUCCAGCACAUCAUGGUCCAGAAAUGUGGCUGUGGCUACUACUACUACCCCCUGCCCCCUGGGGCUGAGUACUGUGACUACAACAAGCAGCCUGCCUGGGGGCACUGCUUUUACCAGCUCUACAACAGGCUCAGAAAUCACCACCUGAACUGCUUCGAGCAGUGCCCCAAACCCUGCAGGGAAAACCUGUACAAGGUGUCUGCUGGGACAGCAAAAUGGCCAUCAGCAAAGUCUCAGGACUGGGUCCGCCAGGCUCUGAGGCACCAGAAUGGGUAUAACUCCACCAGCAACAGGAAGGACAUUGCCAAGGUGACCAUCUUCUACCAGCAGCUCAACUACCAGUCUGUGAACGAGUCUCCUCUGCUCUCAGAGAAUCUGCUGCUGUCCAGCAUGGGGAGCCAGUGGAGCCUCUGGUUUGGCUCCUCGGUGUUGUCUGUGGUUGAAAUGUUUGAGCUGCUCAUCGACACGCUGGUCCUGUCUCUCCUCUUCUGCUACCAAAGGCUCAGGUCCAAGAAGACACUGAGAGUGGCUCACACUGCCACUGUCCCCAGCGUGAGCCUGGCCCUGGAGAACUACAGAGCUGUGCAGGAAGAGGCUGGAAAAGGGGAGGAUUCUGCUCAGCCUCCCUGCUCUGGGGUGGCUGUUGCCAGGCACAGCAGUGGGGACCUGCACCUUCACCCUCCCUCCAGCAAGGUGGGAAUGCCUGAGAGUUGCCCUGAGGUGGUGCUGGAUGGGUUUAGGGACACAAGGGACAGCAAUCUGGGAGGGGAACCGAAGAGCUGA